UUUUUGCCUCCAAGGAUUUAAGGAGGGGUGCUGAUAAACCCUAACCCUAAUAAAAGCCAAACCUUCGCCGCCGUCUCCCUAGAGUGUUUGUUCUAAUUCAAUGGCGGAGACGGAGGAGAAGCUUCAGCACGAGAACGAGAACCAGAAUCAAGAGCAAAAAGUGAAGUACAAAGGAAAACACAACAAGCCUAAGCCAUGGGACGAUGACCCAAACAUCGACCGAUGGACAGUAGAGAAGUUCGAGCCGGCGUGGAACCCCACCGGUAUGCUCGAAGUCAGCACAUUCUCCACGCUGUUUCCUCAGUACAGAGAGAAGUAUCUCCAGGAUUCCUGGCCUAGAAUCGAAUCCGCUCUCAAACAAUACGGCGUCGCAUGCAAACUCAACCUGGUUGAAGGGUCUAUGACGGUUUCGACGACGAGGAAGACUAGAGAUCCUUAUAUAGUUGUUAAAGCUAGGGAUUUGAUUAAGCUUCUUUCGAGAAGUGUUCCUGCUCCUCAGGCAAUCAAGAUUCUGGAAGACGAAGUGCAAUGCGAUAUCAUCAAGAUUGGAAACUUGGUUCGGAAUAAGGCAAGAUUUGUCAAAAGAAGGCAGCGGCUUCUGGGUCCUAAUUCUUCUACCUUGAAGGCGAUGGAAAUAUUAACCGACUGUUACAUUCUAGUUCAGGGAAGUACUGUAGCCGCGAUGGGUUCUUUUAAAGGUCUAAAACAAGUCCGAAGAGUUGUGGAAGAGUGCCUACGUAAUGAAAUUCAUCCGGUAUAUCAGAUAAAGAACCUAAUGAUGAAAAGGGAACUGGCAAAGGAUCCAUCGUUUGCAACUGAAAGCUGGGAUAGGUUUCUUCCUACUUUCAGGAAGAAUAAUGUUCAGCAAAAGAAGCCGAAAAGCAAGGAGAAGAAGACAUAUACACCGUUCCCUCCUGCUCAGCCGCAGAGCAAGAUUGAUAUGCAAUUGGAGUCUGGGGAAUACUUCAUGAAUGAGAACAAGAAGUCAGAGAAGAAGUGGCAGGAGAAGCAAGAGAAACAGACAGAGAAGAGUGCAGAGAAGAAAAGAAAGAGAGAUGAAUCAUUCCGCCCACCUGAGGAACCUACUCAGAACAGCAACAACUCAAACAAAUCUGAGGAGGGCAAGAAAGAUUUAACCGAGUUAACACAAUCCUUAAAGAGCAAGACAAAUGCUUUCAAGAAGCAGAAGAAGACGCAAUAUCAAGUGAAUGCAGAGGAGUAUAUUGCUGUUGCGUGAUAAAUGUUGUAAGAAGAGUUCUAAAGUUACUGAAGAUUAAUCUUCAAGCCUUUUUGUUUGAAUUUUUUUUAAGUAUAUGUUCAAAACUAUAUCAAACAAGAUCAAUCUUAAUUAUUAUGGAUCAUAUUUAAGCGUA